AUGCCAGACAUGAGCGCCAACACCUCCGCGUACGGCCUAAACGGCGCUGAUUUGCCGGAAGUGCUGCAGCCGUCGGAACGGAUCCGGCGAUUGACUCAAACGGCCGGCGCUAUCACUGUUGAGCAGUCGGUGCCCAUCAAGAGGUACUGGCGCUCCGGCAAAGAGCUCUUCCGUAUGGCCCACAUCUACAAAGAGGAACAGUCGCUCGAGAAGGCCUUCAUAUUGUAUAUGAAAUACAUUACAUUGUUUGUCGAGAAGAUCCCACAGCACACGGAGUACAAGAACUGCGAGCCCCAGGAGAAGGCGCUCUCGAAAAGCAAUUGCAAACAAGUCUUUCCCAUCGCCGAAGAGCUGAAGACAUUGUUGACUGAGAAAUACCAGAAGGAGUUCGACGUAUAUCUGCAGCAAAAGACAAACAGAUCCGCGACAAACGGNAAGAAACAACAAUUAGAAGAGGAGAAGCGAACGGAAGAGCAGAGACAGGAAUGGCAGCGAAAGCUCGACGAAGAAAAAGGCCGACAAUUGCUUGAAUUGCAGCAAAAGUUAGACAAACAGAUCCGCGACAAACGGGAGGUCAGGGAGCCGUCGGCCACGAGCGCAGAGAGCAAAGUGUGGCCACAUGUGGGCCAAGACUUGUACGACAAGCAAACGCCGGCACCCGUCGUGUCGUCCAACGCAGACCUACCUCUCGUGCCAUCCAUUGAUAGGUCGACCAAACCAUCGACACUUAGUUUCAAUGACUUCCAACUGGACUCCUAUAAUACCUCACGAGUCAUAAUACCUCAACGGCUGAUCCAGAGGUUCUUAGUGUCGGCCCAAAGCAACACCAACAGGAAUGUGGAGACGUGUGCCAUACUGUGCGCCCAGUUAGCCAACGACGUGUUCACCAUAACUCAGGUGAUUGUCACCAAACAGAACGGAACGGCCGACUCGUGUCAGAUGAUCGCCGAGGAGGAGAUUAUCCCCAUUCAGGACAGGCAUGGGUUCACAGUUGUCGGUUGGAUCCACACCCACCCCACGCAGAACGCCUUCAUGUCGUCCAUAGACCUGCACACCCACUGGCCGUAUCAGCAGCUGCUCCAGGAGUCGAUAGCCGUGGUGUGCGCCCCGAAGUUCCAAGAAGUGGGCGUUUUCUCGCUCACAGACCCGCACGGCAUGCAACUCAUCGCCACCUGUAAGCUAACCGGCCAUCACCUGCACCCGGAGGUGCCGCCGAUCUACGAACGAUCAUCUCAUGUCCAGUUCAGUGACACCAUUGAUGUGGAACUCAUUGAUUUGAGAUAA